AUGUGGGCGGAAGCUGUGGCGCAGUUGCGGCCGCUGGUGACACCAGAACGCUUUUCCCGAGCAAUAGCCGUUGCACGAGGUCGUGUCCAGGGCCUGGCAUGCGUCAUCGAAGGCCUGCAUGACACGGGCAACAUCUCUGCGAUUCAGCGCACGUGCGAUGCGUUUGGCGUGCACGACUUCCACACGAUUCGUCGCUUCCCCAUGGAUCGCAUGAAGCAGCACCGGCACGUGAGCAAAGGCGCCGACAAAUGGCUGCGCGUUCAUCGCUGGGGAUCGACAGGGGAUUGCAUGGCGCACCUGCGCCAGCAUGGAUACAGAAUAGCCGUGACCGCUGUUGCCGAUGACAGCAGCAGCAACCACGCCAGUGUCACAGACUUGCACGCCCUUGAACUUGAUCAGCCGACGGCUUUUGUGUUUGGCAACGAGGUUGCAGGCAUCUCAACCCAGGCACUGGAGGAGGCGGAUGUGUUGGUGCAGAUUCCACUGGUCGGUUUUGUGAGCGCACUGAAUGUCUCUGUGGCUGCAGGUUGCGUACUUCACCACGCAACCCUUCAACGCCGACGCUUCCAAGGGGACGAUGGCGGUGUCAUCAGCGAGGACGAGGCGCUGGCGAGGAUGACGACAGAACUGUUGCUACGGUCACUGGGCGAAAAGGACGCCGCAGACGCCGUCAACGACGCCAUACACGAUGCUGCUUCCACUCGCUCACCUCAACAACACCACCAACAGCAGCAACAGGAGGAGGAGGAGGAGGAGGAGUAUGAACGACCAUCACCUUCACCACUCACCUCCUCCUCUUCGUCGUCGUUGUUGCCUUUCGAUCUGGCAACGCUCCCACCAACAACACCAACAAGACCAUUUGACAGGCGCAACCCAGCAACCAUGUUUGGCGGAGGCGGAAAGUACAGCUCGAUGAAGCUGAAGAUGAACUUGAAGCUCGCCAUCACGCGGCUUCAGCUUCUGGAAAAGAAGCAUGACAACGCAAGUGUUCUUGCAAGGAAAGAGGUGGCAACCCUUUUGGACAACAACCGCGUUGAGCUGGCAAAAAUCAAGGUUGAACAGAUUAUCCGUGAUGACUAUUAUCGGGAAGCGCUUGAGAUUCUUGAGACCUACUGCAGCCUUGCUCUCGCUCGCUUUGGCCUCAUUGAAUCCGUCCAGUACUGCGAUCCCGGCAUCCGCAAGGCGGUGUGCACCAUCAUCUGGGCCACGCCGCGCGUGUCCGUGGACGUGGUUGAGUUCAAGGAGCUCUCCAAACAGUUUUCGCUGCGCUACGGCAAGGAGUUUGCAGAGGCUGCCCGCACCAACAGCACAAAGGAGGUGUGCCCGCGCGUCAACCAGAAGCUGAGCUUUGUCGUGCCAGACACAAACCUGGUCAUUGGCUACCUGGAGGCCAUUGCAGCAAAGUACAACGUCGACUGGAAGCCCUCCCCAUCAGACUUUGACACCUUUCCAGACACCGGCCCCAGCAAUGGCGGUGGCGGCGGCGGAAUGCAGCAGCAGCAGCAGCAGCAGCAGCAGGGCACCCCGCCCGUUGAUCUCAUGAGUGCAGACCUCGACUCCCUCAACCUCAACUUCCCUGCCCCCUACGGCGCCCCGUCCCCCGACGAGAAGCCAAGGCCACAACAGCAGCAGCAACAGCAGCCACAACAGCCGCCUCCCCAGGCCAGCUAUGCGUUCCCACCACCGCUCUCCGCCACACCGCAGCCGUCAUAUCCGCCCGCGCAGCCGGCGCAGGACUCGAGCUCGCUGGCAUUUCCCCCGCCACCACAGCAGUCGUACCCGCCCACAACCGCAUCCCACGCCCCUCAGCAGCAGCAGCAGCCGCCACAGCAACAACAGCAACAACAGCCAUACAGGCCGGGCCAGUCGCUGCUGGACCUCCCUGAUGUUCCCGAUGCGCAGCCGCCCUCAUAUGGGCAGGCCUCGGCCCCGCCAAACGGCGAUGCCAGCUUUGAUCCGUUUGUGGACGCAUUCCCCUCCGUCCCAGACUCCAACAACAAUAACAGCAACAACAACAACAGCGGUGGCAACGGUGGUCUUGGAGAGCUGCAUCUGCCGGACCCGCCGUCCACCAACAACAGCGGGCGCAGCGCUGAUGUCCCGCUUGACUACGACAGUCUCACGCGCCGGUUCAACGCCCUGCAGAAGAAGUGA